AUGCCUCUCUCCGAGACGGAGCUUACGCUCGUCGAAGCCAUGUUCAUGAAUAAGCAUAACGUGAAAGCUGUGCUCCAAGUUCUACCGCAUGCCACCGUUUCGACUCUGUACAGGCAGAAGAAGACCUUCGACACCUAUGGCUCUAUACACAACCCAGAAACCACAAAGAAGAGAAGACUAAGGAAACCCGUCGUAGCUGCUGCAGGAGAUGCCUCUCCAACCGAGUCUGAAACUCCUCCGACAAAGGACUCUCUGUCAGAAACAGAUCGCACCGUAGAGAUGCUGUUCUCGCAAGGCCUUUCCGUUCGCAGUGUGCAAACCUGGUUCCCCAACCGGCCCAAGAGUAGUCUCUAUCGCAUGCAGAAGAACCUCAAAGUCUAUGGCUCCGUCAGAAAGCCAGAGACCAUGCACAAAAAGAAAGGGAGACCGUCGGCUGUCACACAGGAGAUGAAAGAGUGGUUGAUCGAGCUGGUCAAGGACGGUAAAGAGAUGUGGCAGAGACAUCUUGCCUACGAGCUCUUCACAAAGUUUGGUGUCUUUGUGUCUGCUUCCACCAUCUCUCGUCUUCUUAAAGAGCACAACGUUGUCAAAAAGCUGGGUCCUGUGGAGAGUGCAGACACCGAGGCUGCAUCAGAUGAAGAUUCAGAUACGCUGACUACUGACCCGACUCUGGAUCCUGUACUCCAAUGGGCUUGA